AACAACUACCUUCUAGUCUGACCGGUCCAUACAUAAGGCAUCAAGGCAAUAGCAAUUCUGAGUUCUGAGAAUGUUUCCGGCGGGGGAACUCUCAUGGCUUUGCCGCCUAGUCGUCGAGACUCUCAACCCCUACACAGAACCAGACGCCUUCUCUUCAAUUUGCAAACAGAAGGAGAAGGAGCUUCUACUCGCUUCUUCUCAGGUCGUGAGAAAAAUUCAGCUGCGGAUUCGAGAGUUCGAUUCUCAUAUAGAGAGCACAGCGACGAAACCUGUUCCAAACGACGACGGUUUAUUCUGUUCGGACCACCAUUUUUCGGCUCAUCAAUGUCUCUCUGCAAUUGUAACCAAAAUGAUGACUUUGCUAACUAUCAAGGAUGAAUUUGUUCGGCAUGUGGCUGUCAAUGCACUUGUCUUAACUUCACAGUUUGUGCUCAAGUCGGGUAACAAAUGGGAUGAGUUUAUAAAGUUAUGGUGUCGGUUAUUAGAGAUGUCGAUUACUAAAAUGCUGCUGCCUUUGUCUACACAUUAUAUCGGAUCCGAAAAAUGUGGUUUUGAUUCAUCAGAUGUCAAUCUUCUGAUGCAAUUUGGAUUGAAGAAUUGUGAUUGGUCUACUGUUGCUGGCAUCACUCAAGUGUUGCGUGUUAUAUGCAAGGGUUUGAAGGAGGAAGAUUAUGAUGAUGAGCUUUUGAAAGUGUACUAUGACUCUGUCAAUUCUUGUUUCUCAAAGGUUCCUUGGGAUUUAUUGGAUGAAUAUUGGAGUAGGGAUAUUGAUGGUAGUAAUGAAAGCUCUGAUUCCGGCGCUUUAGAGCCUCGUAUCAAGUUUCUUGGGGCUUUUCUUCAGUUACUAUGCUCUUUAAUUGACCGCAAUGACUUUUGGGAAACUGAUUGUGAAUCUGCUUAUGCUAAUAAACAUCCACUUAUUGGCAAAAUCUGUAAUCUUAUACCUAGACUUGUUACUUGGUGUCUUGUGAAGCAAGAAGAUAGAGCUGACACAUGCAUUGUUCAUUACUUGAAACACAAGUUGCUGACCCUGAUGAUCAGACUUGGCUCACUGAUAUCUCCAGAUGGUUCAGUCUGUCUUUCUUGGUUGGAUCUCCUUCAUAACUUCUUUCAAGAGCUUCUGAAAAAGCCAUUAAAUCAAUUUCAGUCUGAGCAAGAUGAUUGCCUGGAAGGCUCUCCAUUUUUAUUGAGUUUGUCCAAUGGCGAAUCAUGCUGGAUGCAUUCCAGCCACUUACAAAGACAAGCUGUUUUCCUCUUAUUGCAUUGUUCUUUCAGUUUUAUCCGUCAAAGAGGAGUAAAUGCAGGCCACCGCAAUUGUCCAACUUCAUGCUCGUGUUUUAAGGAAAAUCAAGAUUCAGAGCUAGAUUCAUUCUAUAAAAGAAAAGGAUCACUAGAGCUUUACAAGUGGGUUCAAGCACAUCUUCCUACUGAGAUCUCUAUCAACCAUGAAAUGUACUUGGCGAUAUGUAUGAAUUUCAUGUCAUCUUUCUUGCAGCUAUAUCUUCGUGAGGAUGAUCUAUUGUUUGAAGUCAUGUUGCAAUUGCUUAGCAUAUCAUCUUGUCUCCAGCAACAGUUUGACAUAAAGGAAGCAUUGUAUCAGGAUGUAAAGAAAGAAUUUCUUUUUGAUCUGUUGGACAUUUUUAAUUCCGUGCACCUUUUCCACCUGUUUCUUUCAGAGAUACAUUAUGAUCACCAAGUGCUUCUUGAUUAUCUAAUUUCAAAGGAUACUGGAAUAAGCUGUGCUAAAUAUCUUUUGAGUAGGUGCUUGUGUUUGAUAUGCGACUCAUGGGAUUUAUUUGUGGAAUCUCCAUUAGUUGGAGAAUAUUACAGUAAAUCAUCUUGCAAGAGAAGAAAACUUUCAGGUGAUGGUAUUGAUUUUGUGGCAGAUGAAAUUCCAACAUCAGUUGACAACUAUCGAAGCACCACCUUGCAUAGCAAGAAUUAUGAGAAAGACAUUGAAUAUUGCUUCAAGCAUUAUGAUAUUAAGCCGUUCAAGAAUGCUGCAGAAUGUUUACUGUCAUUGUACAAUUCUAUUGAGAAUCUUCAUCAAAAGGAUUUAUUUCCAUAUAAUCCUGAAGUACUUCUGAAACGUCUCAGAAAAUUUCAAGAGUUCUGCUGGCAGGAGCAGAGGUUUCAUGGAGAGAGAACUGAAAAAUGAUUCAAACAUUGUGUGGAUGUUGUCUGAUCCAUGAAGCUUGGUUAUGUUCGCUAGCACAUUUCUUUACAGUGUCCAUGUCAACUGUGAAUCAUUUCUUCCGCUUCCUGCUGUAAAUCUUCAGGUGCUGCCUCUCUCUUCUUCAGACGCAUGGUUAUCUUUUAAGAGUCGGUCAUCUCUUUCAACAUCAGACGCUUCAUGGGUCUUGGGAUCUCUGUGCAUCGAAUCCCCGGCAUAUUCAGAUUCAGCUUUGAUCCCUCCAUGCAACCCUGCCUUGGCAUAGUUAGAUCGAAAUUGAAAAUUAGGUUAAUGUUUGAUCUGUUUGUGCCAUUUGACCGGCUACUACCACCGAAUUCGAAAGAACUUAUUGUUGCAUAUUGAAAAGGACGAAAAACUCCAACAUUGGAACUUCCGUGAGGCUGCAUCCCUGGAGCUUUGAUAAAGCAAAGACCUUGGUGUAGCAAUGUUUGUUCUAUUGGGCUGCUUCUUAGACUUGAGAGAGAAGUGUGACUAUCAUUAUCCUGUGACCUGUGUUGUGCACCUUUCUACCGUAUCUCCUCUCUGUGCUGCCACGUUUCCUCCAUCUGCUUCACGCCUCUUUCCCCACUGGCAAUUAGAUCUAGACACAACUUACAAGAGGAUCAGAAAAUCUUAGAAGGAUGGAGAGACAUUUCGUGUUAGUUCAUGGAGUUAUGCAUGGAGCAUGGUGUUGGUACAAGGUCGCCACUUUGCUUCAGUCAGUGGGCCAUAAGGUGACAUCUCUAGACAUGGCUGCUUCUGGGAUCCAUCCCAAGCAAGCCAGUGAGGUCAACUCUUACCGAGAAUACGUUGAGCCAUUAACACAGUUCAUGAAGGCUCUUCCCUCGCACGAGAGCGUGAUCCUUGUCGGUCACAGCGCAGGUGGGGGCUGCAUCUCUGUUGCAAUGGAGCAAUUCCCUGAAAAGGUCUCUGUUGCUGCUUUCGUUGCUGCACUCAUGCCAGGUCCAAAUAUCACCUUUGCUGCUCUAACUAAAGAGUUUAUUCAACAACUGGGGAAAGCGCCUAGCAAUGAAAGACCAGAUAAAAAGUUGUCAAGCACAGAAGCUGCCACAUGGCAUGACCUAUCGGGACCAUACAAUCAGCUCUCUCCACCAGAGGAUGUAAUGCUUUCGAAAUCAUCGAUGAGACCCAGCCCCAGUUUCAAUGACUAUGAAUUGUUUGAUAAACAAACCACAUUCACGAAAGAGAAUUUUGGGAAAGUGAGAAGAGUUUAUAUAAUGGGCGACCAAGAUAUGCUGAUGAAGGAAGAUUUUCAGAAGUGGAUGAUUGAACUGCAUCCUCCAAAUGAGUUUAAGAAGAUAGAUGGUUCUGAUCACUUUUUGAUGUUUUCCACACCAAUACAACUAUUUUCAUGCCUCCAAGAUAUAUCGCACAAGUAUUAUUAAAUGAUUAUGCUAUUUGUAUACAAAAAUUCAGUUAUCAAAUUAACUAUUA